AUGGAGUUUUCACUGGAUGAGUUUGUGGCUGGUCCAUCUUUGGCUAAAAUCGAAAAGUGUAGGAAAAAUGACCUGUUGAUGGUGGCAAAUUAUUAUGAGGUGCAGGUGCCCUACAGUGUCAAUAAGGCGGAGCUCAAACGGUUGCUGUGUGCAGAGUUGGUGGAGCAGGGCGUCCUACCGGAACCAGCUAGUGAUGUGGAUGUUGCUGUUGCAGAGGGUGACGCACCAAUGGCAGACGUGAAAGCGGCGGGGGCUGCUAGCAUGCUCGCUGCUGGUGUGGGACUUGAGCCUGUCGUAGAUCCUGUCAUGGGUAACAUGACCACAGAGGAUCUCCGCAUAGCCCUCCAGAUAAAGGAGGUAGAGACCAAAAACAAACAGCUAGAGGUGCAAGCCAUGCAUCUGCGCAUCAGGGUUCUCGAGCUGGAAAGGGGAGCCCCUGUAGUCUCCACCCCGAUGUCUCCUCCUAACCACAGUGCUAUUUCUGUUCCGGCUUUUGACAUCACCUCCGAGGAAGACAGCAAAUCGGGUAGGUUUUUUUUGGACAACGGUGUCUUAAUGAGACGGUGGAGUCCCGACUCCAGUGAGAUACGCGCUGUAAAUCAGGUGGUUGUGCCAUCAGACUAUCGAGCGCAAAUUUUGAGUCUGGCACAUGACUCCAGCUUAGCUGGCCACCUGGGUGUUAAAAAAACGUACCAUCGCGUGUUGCGCAAUUUCUUUUGGCCCGGGUUAAAAACUGACGUGGCGAGGUAUUGCCGCACUUGUCAUACAUGUCAAGUUGUGGGAAAGCCCAACCAACCUGUUCCUCCGGCUCCUCUGCACCCGAUCCCAGUGCUUGGUGAGCCUUUUGAACGAGUGUUGAUAGAUUGUGUGGGGCCGUUACCGAGAACUAAAUCUGGGCAUCAGUAUAUUUUGACAGUGAUGUGCGCCGCGACGAGGUAUCCCGAAGCCAUUCCACUACGCACCCUCAGGGCCAAACCAGUCGUGAAAGCUCUCACUAAAUUCUUUUCAACUUUUGGUUUGCCUAAAACUAUACAGAGUGACCAGGGCACAAAUUUCAUGUCCAAACUGUUCGCACAGGUAAUGAGAGAGUUAAAAGUUAAACAUGUAACAUCAAGUCCGUACCAUCCAGAGUCUCAAGGCGCACUUGAGAGGUUCCACCAAACCCUAAAAUCUAUGCUGCGUAAAUAUUGUCUUGAGUCUAACCGAGAGUGGGAUGAAGGCCUCCCUCUUCUGUUAUUUGCGGUGCGUGAAACUACUCAGGAGUCUUUGGGUUUCAGUCCUUGUGAUUUGGUCUUCGGCCAUACUGUCCGCGGUCCCCUUCGGCUCCUUAAAGAAAAGUGGUUGUCAGAGUCGCCAAAAACUGAGCAUAAUGUGCUGGAUUAUGUCAGUUCUUUUCGUGAGCGUCUCAAGUAUGUAUGUCAGUUAGCCCGUGAAAACUUGUCACAAAGUCAAGCAAAAAUGAAGCUUCGCUAUGACAAAAAGUCUGUCCUUCGUGUGUUCCAACCAGGUGAAAAAGUUUUGGUGCUUCUUCCGUUGCCUGGAUCCAGUUUGCAUUCGAGAUUUUCUGGUCCGUACACGGUAGAGAAAAAAAUUAGUGACACUGACUACGUUGUUAAAACUCCAGAUCGGAGAAGAAAAUCGAGAGUAUGCCAUAUUAACAUGUUGAAACGUUAUUUUUCCAGAGUGAGUGACUCCCCGCUGUCUCCUGCUGCGCCCGUGAUGUCCGUGUCCGCUACUCCACCUCAGUACAACCUUGCUGAUGAUGGGUUGGCAGAGAAAAGUGGUUUGAUGCCAGCCGCGCGUUUGAGAAAUUCAGAAGUACUGAGUAACUUGGAGGGUUUUUUGUCCCAUCUGUCUGACUCGGCUCUUGCGGAUAUUAAAAACUUGAUUGAGGAUAACUUGUUGCUUUUCUCUGACCACCCUGGUCAAACGUCUGUCCUGUACCAUGACAUUGACGUGGAGGGUCACAAACCCAUCAAGCAACAUGCUUAUCGGGUAAAUCCGACCAAAAGGGCUAUGAUGCAGCAAGAGAUCGGGGUGUGCCACCGCCAUGUGCUGAUUGGCCGAAGAUCCUCGCCGGGCCCUGGUUGGCUGCCGCGGGACUCCUGGGAGAUAAAAGGACUCAAGAUGGC